AUGACCGAGCGCGGAGGAACCGACAUUACUCCUGCAGAGCUGACAACCAUCCGGGCUGCCCAACCACUGCCGGCAAUUCUUCCCUCCUUCCUCGAGCCCAUGCCUGUAGAGACGUUGCGUGCUAUGGAUAUCCCUGUCAAUAAUCCCCAAUACUCCUAUCAGUUCAAGGACAUACCUCCUCGUCCUGGUCCUUAUGCAAGUCGUCCGGUUCUUCUAGACUACCUCGGCAAGUUGGAAGACAUCCUCUAUCGAUGUCUUGAGCAGAUGUCAUACGAUCACGCCCAGAAGAUCAUCAUGGAGAUAGAGAAUGGGAUAAUUCGUCAGAAACUGUGGGGAAAGCACAAGGACCGCCAACGGGUCACUCAUGUCAACACUGGUGCUCGUGUUCUUACCUCUGACCAGUCAAUUCAGGCCCUCUAUGAAGUGGAUAGGAAAAGAUUGAUGGGGGCGGUAUUGAAGGAAAUGGCGCCGAUCCUCAAAGAAUUGCGAACCUUUCAAGACGACGGUGAGAAAGAGCUCAUACGCAAGGAGCAAGAAGAAGAAGACGUAGCAAUAAAGGCACAUAAGAUCGAGCAGAAAGCUCUAUCGGAACUCUCUAAGCAAUAUGAGUCUGCAAAAGUGGCACUUGCACGGUACGACAA